UCUGAAGCCAUAGUUAGAGCUCUCCGGCAGUUAGCACCUGACGGCACAGAGGCGAUGGCUCCUGCCAAUGGAGGGUCUACCCAGCUGUGGCUACCACUGCUGUUUAUCUCUCUGGGUGUCAUGCUGACGGCCACUCAGAAAUCUGUUGUGACGUUGAACCCACCGUGGAUUAGAAUAUUUACAGGAGAGAAAGUGACUCUUAUAUGCAAUGGGAACAAUCUUCAAGAGAACUCUACUAAAUGGUUCCACAACGGCAUCAUCUCUACCAUAACAACUUCACAUUGGGACAUUGUGAGUGCCACUAUUCAGGACAGUGGAAAAUAUAUAUGUCAGAACCAAGGAUUUUCCAAGAGUAAACCUGUGUACUUGGAAGUGACGAGAGAUUGGCUGCUCCUUCAGACUUCUGCUGAUAUGGUAUUAUACAAUAAGUCCUUUGACAUCAGAUGCCAUGGCUGGAAUAACUGGACUCUCCGCAAGGUGAUCUACUAUAAGGAUGACCUUGCUUUCAAGUACACUUAUGAGACCCCCAAAAUCUCCAUUAGAAAUGCCAAACUUAAUGACAGCGGCACCUAUUACUGUAGUGGAUUUCUUCGCCGACUGAACUACACAUCUGAGAAACUCAGAAUUACUGUAAUAAAAGUUUACAAAACCAAGUAUCGUUGGCUACAGUUAAUUGUCCCAUUUCUGGUGGCAAUUCUGUUUGCUGUGGACACGGUGUUAUUGUUCUCCACCCAGAAACAGUUCAAACUACUCAUGAAGAUUCGGAAGACAGGAAAAUGCAACAAACCUUGAAACUUAACUCCUAACCUAGACACAUAAAGGAACUGAUGCCAUUGUUGGAGAAAGAAUUCUUAACAUUAGUUUUCCACAGUCCUCAAUAGUUUCUCAACUGUCAAAGGGCACUCACAUUAUCUAUAGGAAAAUCUGUGCCUCGGGAUUUGCAUUAAUGCUUCAUUAAACCAUCUGCAGCUGGCUAAAUAACAUGUAAUAGUAAAUGAUCAAUAAACACUGGUUUAAUAAGU